GAAAUCAGUUCGAGGACUCAAAUUCAAACCUUACGAAGAGCACCUCUAUCCACUAGACCUCUGCCCAUUAGAGUAUAGACGUCUUAGAGGUGAUCUAUUAAUGGCUUAUAGUAUCCUUAACACUUCUGGACAUCCUGUUAAACACCUGCCUAAGCUUAGUUCGAACACUAACCUAAGGGGUAACACCCAGAAACUGGGGACACAACAUAGCAGAACGGACUGUGGACACAACUUCUAAUCCUUAAGAGUUGUUAAAUUCCGAAAUAAGCUGCCGGCCGAGCUAGUCCAAGCGACUUCCCAGGAGUCCUUUAAGAGGCAACUUGAUCUAUUCUUAAGGAUUAAGGAUAGUAUCAUACUACGACUUACCAAUUUCUUUAUCAUCUUUUAUUGUUGACAUACCUAGGUUCCUGCCUGGAGGUUUUGGUGGUCCCUUGUUACUAGAAACGGAAGCCUGCUAAGCGAAAGCUUAUCCUAUUCCGUCUACAACCAUUUGAACCUACUGAUCAUACCACACAUUGUUAACUUAUGUUUACUUCAUUCAGAUUCAUGGGGGAAAUAACAACAAGUGCAUCGAUCUGUCGCCAAGAAUGAUAUCUUAAUAAGCAUACACAGUCCCAAGUCAUAUAGUUUCCUACUUUCGUCAAGCAAACCAUGGAAUUUGAAUUUACUGCGCUUUAUUCAAGCUCCUCGGAACUCGUGGUUUACUGACGGGAUUUACUUCUAUCACCGCAAACCAUGUCGUUAUCCCGUCUGGUCGUCGAUAAUAACUCAUACAGUUUGAAGUCUAAACUGUUUUCCAGAAUAUCCUGGAGGACCGCAGCCACAAUCGGUAUCCCGCUUGGUAUAGCCGGUUUGACCGUCCUUGUAUAUUACCUCAGAAACAAAAAAGAGAAGAGUGAAGCAGAACUUACUCCAGAAACACCAUUAGAGGCUGCUUUAGCGUUAAAGCUAAAAGGAAAUAAAUUUUUCAAGGGUGGACAAUACUCUCAGGCAAUAAGUUUAUAUGAUGAAGGACUUAAGAAAUGUCCAUUGGAUGCAGUUCAGGAACGUGCAGCUUUCUAUCAAAAUCGUGCAGCAGCCAAAGAGAAUCAACGUCAAUACGAAUCUGCCAUUGAAGAUUGUUCUCUUGCAUUAUCAUUAACACCGCAUUAUUUGAAAGCAUUAAAUCGUCGAGCACAUUUAUAUGAAAAAUUAAAAAAAUGGGAUGAGUGCCUUUUAGAUAUGACAGCUUGUUGUAUUUUUGAAAAAUUUAAAAAUGCUGACAACAUUGUUUUCAUGGAUCAAGUACUCAAAACAAUUGGACAACAGAAAGCUCAAGAAGAACGUUCCAAAUUAUUGCAUGAAUUACCAUCAGCUUCCUUUAUUCGUAAUUAUUUGAGCGCAUUCGCAUGUAAUCCAUUCACAGUUAAUUCUUCACAACUAUCCAAGCAUAAUUCACUGACUGAAACUAAGACUGCAGUUAACGGAGUAACUGAUGAUCAUCCUGUAUCAAAUAUGCCCAGCACCACAGAAGUACCCAAUAAUAACAAUCCUAAUCAAUAUGAUUGUACGCAAUUUAAAGAACCUCUUCAAUCAGCGUUUAAUAAUGUAAAUUCAGCCUUAGAUUAUAUGACGAAAGGUGAUUAUCAACAGUCAGCUGAUCAUGCGAUGAAAGCCGUUAAUUUGUUCGAAUCAAUCUUAUCGGAUAAGUCGUUCGCAGAUGUAAAGAAUUUGAUCAAUUCAUCAUCUGAGUUAGAUGAUAGUGAAACAAUUUCAAAAUCAAGUGAUAAUCUCAUCUCUCCUGAGUCUAAUGAACAUAAUGGAAAUGAAAAUGAAUUGGACAGCGAAGAAAACAAUAUCGUCACCACAAAUUCAAAUAAUACUGAUUCCCUCAAUAAAAUUAAAACAAAUGAAUCUAUUCAAGUGUAUAUUAAAGAAGUAUAUAAUCAAAUUUCACUUUUACACGCUACUUAUCAAGCAUUAGCUGGACGUUCUGAAGAAGCAAAAGAACGUUUUCAAAAUAUUGGUAUGGUGGACUCUGGAGCUUCAUUAGUGGUUCGUGUUAAUGCAUUGAUUAAAUCUGCAUGUUUAUCAAUGUCAGUUGAUCAAGAUGUAGCUGCUUGUCUUUAUGAUUUCCAACGUGCACAAAAUGUUUGGCCUGAAUGUCCGGAUGUGUAUCUUCAUCGAGGUCAAAUUAAUCUAUUAGCUGACCAGUUAGAUGAAGCAUUGCAUGAUUUGAAUACAGCUGUUAAAUUAAAACCGGAAUUUUCAGUUGCACAGGCUCAGCGUUUGUACACCCUAUAUCGAUGCGCAUUAACUGCUGGUGAUGUUAGUAAAGUGGAUUCUCGUAUUGAAGAGUUUCGUCGAUUAGUAAAGAAAUAUCCCAAUUGUUUGGAAACUCAUUCUUUAUUUGCUCAGGUAAGAUAGAUAUAGACUAAUUUCCAGGUACUUAGGCAUGAGUCAUACUCUAAUUGUAAGUGUUAAUAAUAAUACUUUGUUGCCGAAACCGAAUUAGGCGGGAGGAGGUUCGAACCUAGAAGUUAGUGGUCAAAAGUGCGAUUCCAUAACCACUGAGCCGUCUACUCUUAUAACAACUAGUAUUUUAUUUGUGAAAGUAGACAGUUGUGACCAGGAGGGCAUAUAAUACAACACAGUGAGAUCAUUCAAAAUCACUUAUGUUCAGAACUUGAUUUAAUUCUCAACUAAAUCAAACAACUCUCUUACUUCAUAUUCUUAUUUCCUAGUAAAUUCCAUCGUAAUAUAUGAAUACAGAAUACCAUGAAGAAGAUAUUUAUACGAUCAAACACUGUCACGUACAUAUUUUGUCUGAUUUCCAGAGGUGACUUAAUUUCACAGUCCUUGAAUAAUACAUAUAAAGACUCCUUUUUGGGUAUGCUCACUUUUGUAGGGAAAUUCGCUACAUUGUAGCUUUAAUUGUUGCCUAAUCUUCAUAUGGAGUGUGUAGAUCAUUUCUAUGAAUUAGCUAUGUGUGUGUGUGUGUGUGAAAACGUGUUAGCACUUUAAGAAACUUAAACUCUACCAGAAAAUAAACGGUUUACUCUAUUCAUCAUCUCAAAGUGGAAUAUUAAUGCUACAUUCUGAACGGAAACAAACAUGAGAAUUCUGUUAUGCAAAACGUUUCUUUUUCUAUAACGUUAGGAUUCAUCUACGCUGAAAUAUAAUAAUAAUAAAACAGUUGAGAGUAUGUUAACCAUUUGGCUUAUCAUAAAAGUUCCAACUUUAUUGGGUAGUGUUCACUUGUGCAUUCCUGAUACACUCAAUAAAACUUUGUGAUUAUUUUAUGAACAUAAGGAAAAAUCCAAGUACUUGUUAAGGAUUUAGAGUCUAUUUUUGUAGUUACCAGGUCUAACAUCGAUGUUAAUUAGUGUGAAUACUCAAUCCCAUCAGUCGAUAUGGUUUUAUUCCUUCCUUUAAAUCAUGAACAAUUGAGAUCUUAAGUUUGAAACUCAUUUUACUUAUUUAUUAUUUCUCUCAGAUCAGGAAAUUGAAAUACUUUAUUAUUAUUAGUAUUAUUACAUGCGUGACAAAUAAGUAGUUACUUAUCACAUUUAUAAGACACACAAGGGGCUAGUUAAUGCGGUGUAUCAUUUUAUCAAUGUAAAAAGAAUUCCAAACUUUCAGUUGUUGACAGUUUGUUUUCAAUCACCCUCAAUACGUUGUUCUUGUCAUCAUAGUGAUCUGAAAUUGAAUAAGAGUUAUGUGGAUUCUGUUUUUUUGUUUGUUUGUUUGUUUCUAUAAUAGUAUUAUUGGUAUUUUUUUCAUAUGGCAACAACUUAUUUCAAUGAUUUCAUGAUUAUUUGC